GGGGCGGGGCGUGUUCUCUGCCAUCUGCUGAGAGCUGAGCACUUUUCCGGUGCCCGUGCUUCGUGAGCAUGUUGGUGGUGUCGCUUCCUGUCUCUGACUCUCUGUUUCCAUUCUGGCCAAGUGUUUGCUCUCUCCUCUCUGCUCUGGGGGUUGGGGAAGAUGUACCUCUCACAGCUUCCACCUCGGCCUCCUGGCAGCUUCCACCUCGGUGCCCCUCGCACUCCCACCAGCGGGCAGAGACUGUGCUGCCCCUCAGGGAGCCCCACGCCCAGAUGAGCUCUGCCCUCCUGCAGUGGGCAAGCCACUCAGGAAAAGUGGCACAUAUGCCGGCAGUUGGCUUUGAUUGAGAGAAGGCUUAGAAGGAGAAGCCGAAGCCAGAGGGGCUCCUGGGGACCAUGGAUGCCAUCACCCCGACCCGUUCAGAACUCGGAGGGGGGACUUCGGAGCCCAGCGCUCUGCAGGGAACUCCCAGCAGGCUGGGCAGAGAUCAGGACUGGAGCAGCAGCGUCUUCGCUGGGCUGGCGGGACUCCUUGCCACCCUCCUGGUCAUCGCGGUGCUCUGCGUCCUGUGGAACUGGACCGCACGGAAGACGCGGCGAGUUCCUUACCUGCGGGUUACCACGGCGCCCUUGCUGACUCUGCCUCCGUCCAGACAACGAGCCAAAAAUAUUUAUGACCUCGUGCCCCGGAGGCAAGGAGUUCUAGGGAGACACCAGUCGAGGAGUUUCCGUGUAUUCAGUAUCGAGAGCCUCCUCUCCAGAAACGCUGACAGCCCUCCCUCCGCACACGUGACCUCCCAAGCCAGCCAUGCCCUCCAGGUGCACAGCGCCCAGGCUCACUCCGUGGGCAUCUACGACAACGCCAGGGGACCCUGGGUGUAUGAGAACCUCACUCCCUCGGCACACUCCGUCCACGUCAGAGCAGCUGGAGACGAUCUGAGCGUCUCUUCAGAGGACUCCAGAGACUACGUCAAUGUUCCCACAGCAGCAGAGAUUGCUGAGCUGCUGGCCUCUCCCAGCCACCCCCCUGGGAACCUCUUUGCCCGCCCAAGUGCUCGGGAGCUGGAAUCCACUGAGGAAAGAGACAAGGGCUGGGACCAUGCCAGUGACUACGCCCGAUUUUUGCCUCCGGGAACUGAGGGCAACGAUCCACUCAGCGAUGAGGAAAGCUCUUCUCAGACCUCAAACGACUACGUCAAUACGGCAGAGUUGGGCCUGGGGGCCGCCCAGGGGGAGCAGCCCUGGAUGUCCUUUCAGUGCUGCCCAGAUUAUGAAAAUGUCCCACCAGCAGGUCCCAAUGGAAGCCAGCAGCUGGCGGAAGGAGUGACAUCCUCACACACAAACCGUGUGGAGGGCAGGACAGAGGGUACGGAGACUCAUGGCCCCCUGGUCAUGCCAUCAGGGAGGUUCCUGGUUUCAGGGGAUUAUGGGACCUAUCAGCCAUCCGCACAGAGUGAGAGCCGUCAGAUGAACCGUGGAGGAGAGGGGUCAAACCAGGACUCUGGGGAUGAUGACAUUGUGCUGGCUGCCGCGUUAGGAGGCAACGCUGAGCAGGAAGAAGACACAUGGCCCUUCCUGUGGAAUUAAGGGCUUCCCACCCAGCUGGAAAGCCACGGUACUGGUCUCUCCUGCCACAGCCAAGUGAAGGCCCUCGACCAUCGUAUUUCAGUGGAUUUAUCUGGUUAGACUACAAAGAGGCUGAGAUGAGUAGGGAGCUAAGAGGGUUUACUAAAGCAGAGGUUUGGGAAAGCCAGAAAGAAAUUCUUUUCAAACAGGCCGUGAUCUCUCAUACCAACCUACGGAUGUUUCCUAAACUGCCUUUUAGGACUAUUAAGAGAUUUUUUUAAAAAAAUGAGAGAGUACUUUAGUGCACAGUGGAAAUAUAAAGUAGUCUAAAAUCAUUACCUUCAUGCCCUAGCUCAGUGGUCGGCAAACUCAUUAGUCAACAGAGCCAAAUAUCAACAGUACUUCUUCAAAAUGGACUCGCCCAGGCCGAAAACCAGCUUCUGCGCAUGGGCCACGAAGUUUCAAUCGCACUGCCCGUGCGCACCCACACGUGGUAUUUUGUGGAAGAGCCACACUCAAGGGGCCAAAGACCCGCAUGUGGCUCGCGAGCCGCAGUUUGCCAACCACUGCCCUAGCUGGUUUGGCUCAAUGGAUCGAUCGUCAGCCUGUGGACUGAAGGGUCCCGGGUUCGAUUCCACUCAAGGGCACAUGCCCAGGUUGUGGGCUCGAUUCCCAGUUGGGGGUCUGCAGGAGGCAGUUGAUCAAUGAUUCUCUCUCAUCAUUGAUGUUUCUACCUUUCUCUCCGAAAUCAAUAAAAAUAUAUUUUAAAAAACAAAGUCAUUACCUUCACUAGUACCAGCAGACUGCAAAGCAAAAAUGCAGACUCUUUUGUAGAAUGAGCAGAAGCCAACAGGAAGGGAGGAGUCAGAGUGGGGGUGCAGGACAGUUUCCACUUCAAAAUGAGGAUGGACAACCAAGGCUGGAGAUGUGGGAGGACAGGAACUCUCACUCAUUGCUGAUGGGAUUGCAAAGCAUAACAUCCACUUUGGAAAACUAUUUGGCAAUUUCUUACAAACUACUUAUGUGACCCAGCCAUUCCACUAUUAGGCAUUUACCCAAGUGAAUUGCAAACUUGUGUUCAGCCUGGCCAGUGUGGCUCAGAGGCUGAGCAUCAGACCAUGGACCAGGAGGUCACAGUUUGAUUCUCAGACAGGGAACAUGCCCCAGUUACGGGCUCCAUCCCCAGUUGCGGGCAUGCAGGAAGCAGCCAAUCGAUCCUUCUAUCUCUCCAUCCCUCUCCCCUCCUCUCUCUAAAAUCAAUAAAACAUAUUUUAAAUAAAUAAUAAAACUUGUGUUCACACACUCAAAAAGAAACAUACAUGACUGUUUACAGCAGUUUUAUUCACAUUUGCCCCAAACUAGAAAUAACCCAGAUGUCCUGUGACAAGUGAAUGGAUAAACGGUGGUAUAUUCAUACAAUGACUAUCUACUAUAUACUCAACAGUAAAAAGGAAUGAACUAUUGGUGCAUGCAACAACAGGGACAAAUCUUAAAUGCAUUUCUCUA